AUGCCCGGGAUCGUGGUGUUCCGGCGGCGCUGGUCUGUGGGCAGCGAUGACCUCGUCCUGCCAGCCAUCUUCCUCUUCCUCCUGCAUACCACCUGGUUUGUGAUCCUGUCCGUGGUGCUCUUCGGCCUGGUCUACAACCCGCACGAGGCCUGCUCCCUGAACCUGGUGGACCACGGCCGCGGUUACCUGGGCAUUUUGCUGAGCUGCAUGAUCGCUGAGAUGGCCAUCAUCUGGCUGAGCAUGCGCGGCGGCAUCCUCUACACGGAGCCCCGCGAAUCCAUGCAGUACGUGCUCUACGUGCGCCUGGCCAUCCUGGUGAUCGAGUUCAUCUACGCCAUCGUGGGCAUCGUCUGGCUCACUCAGUACUACACCUCCUGCAAUGACCUCACUGCCAAAAACGUAACGCUCGGGAUGGUUGUCUGCAACUGGGUGGUCAUCCUGAGCGUCUGUAUCACCGUCCUCUGCGUCUUCGACCCCACGGGCCGCACCUUCGUCAAGCUGAGGGCCACCAAGAGGAGGCAGCGCAACCUGCGGACCUACAACCUGCGGCACCGCUUAGAAGAGGGUCAGGCCACCAGCUGGUCGCGCCGGCUCAAAGUGUUCCUCUGCUGUACUCGGACGAAGGACUCCCAGUCAGACGCCUACUCGGAAAUCGCCUACCUCUUUGCCGAGUUUUUCCGAGACCUGGACAUCGUGCCCUCCGACAUCAUCGCUGGCCUGGUGUUGCUCCGGCAGCGGCAGCGGGCCAAGCGCAACGCCGUGCUCGACGAGGCCAACAAUGACAUCCUGGCCUUCCUGUCUGGGAUGCCGGUGACCAGAAACACCAAGUACCUCGACCUCAAGAACUCGCAAGAGAUGCUCCGCUACAAAGAGGUCUGCUACUACAUGCUCUUUGCCCUGGCUGCCUACGGGUGGCCCAUGUACCUGAUGCGGAAGCCGGCCUGUGGCCUCUGCCAGCUGGCCCGGUCCUGCUCGUGCUGCUUGUGUCCCGCACGGCCCCGGUUUGCCCCUGGAGUUACCAUCGAGGAAGACAACUGCUGCGGCUGCAACGCCAUCGCCAUCCGGCGCCACUUCCUGGACGAGAACAUGACCGCGGUGGACAUCGUCUAUACCUCCUGCCAUGAUGCGGUCUAUGAAACCCCCUUCUACGUGGCAGUGGACCACGACAAGAAGAAAGUGGUGAUCAGUAUCCGGGGAACCCUGUCCCCCAAGGACGCCCUGACAGACCUGACCGGUGACGCCGAGCGCCUCCCUGUGGAGGGGCACCAUGGCACCUGGCUGGGACACAAGGGAAUGGUCCUCUCGGCUGAGUACAUCAAAAAGAAGCUGGAGCAGGAGAUGGUCCUGUCCCAGGCCUUCGGGCGAGACCUGGGCCGCGGAACCAAACACUACGGCCUGAUAGUGGUGGGCCACUCCCUGGGCGCAGGCACUGCUGCCAUCCUCUCCUUCCUCCUGCGCCCCCAGUACCCGACCCUCAAGUGCUUUGCCUACUCCCCCCCAGGGGGCCUGCUGAGCGAGGACGCCAUGGAGUAUUCCAAGGAGUUUGUGACAGCUGUGGUCCUGGGCAAAGACCUUGUCCCCAGGAUCGGCCUCUCCCAGCUGGAAGGCUUCCGCAGACAGCUCCUGGAUGUCCUGCAGCGAAGCACCAAGCCCAAAUGGCGAAUCAUUGUAGGGGCCACAAAAUGCAUCCCCAAGUCGGAGCUGCCCGAGGAGGUGGAGGUGACCACCCUGGCCAGCACGCGGCUCUGGACCCACCCCAGUGACCUGACCAUCGCCCUGUCAGCCAGCACCCCUCUCUACCCCCCCGGCCGCAUCAUCCACGUGGUCCACAACCACCCAGCGGAACAGUGCUGCUGCUGCGAGCAAGAGGAGCCCACGUACUUCGCCAUCUGGGGCGACAACAAGGCCUUCAACGAGGUGAUCAUCUCGCCGGCCAUGCUGCACGAGCACCUCCCCUACGUGGUCAUGGAGGGGCUCAACAAGGUGCUGGAGAACUACAACAAGGGGAAGACGGCCCUGCUCUCUGCUGCGAAGGUCAUGGUGAGCCCCACGGAGGUGGACCUGACUCCCGAGCUCAUCUUCCAGCAGCAGCCGCUGCCCACGGGACCACCCGUGCCCGCCGGCCUGGCCCUGGAGCUGCCCGCCGCAGACCACCGAAACAGCAGUGUCAGGAGCAAGUCCCAGUCUGAGAUGAGCCUGGAGGGCUUCUCCGAGGGGCAGCUGCUGUCCCCUGUGGCCGCGGCAGCCCGCCAGGACCCAGUGGAGCUGCUGCUGCUGUCCACCCAGGAGCGGCUGGCGGCCGAGCUGCAGGCGCGGCGGGCGCCGCUGGCCACCAUGGAGAGCCUCUCGGACACGGAGUCGCUGUACAGCUUCGACUCGCGCCGCUCCUCCGGCUUCCGCAGCAUCCGCGGCUCGCCCAGCCUCCACGCCGUGCUGGAGCGCGACGAGGGCCACCUCUUCUACAUCGACCCCGCCAUCCCCGAGGAGAACCCGUCCCUGAGCUCGCGCACCGAGCUGCUGGCGGCCGACAGCCUGUCCAAGCACUCGCAGGACACGCAGCCCCUGGAGGCCACCCUGGGCAGCGGGGGCAUCACCCCCGAGCGGCCCCCCAGCGCAGCCGCCCACGACGAGCUGGAAGAAGGGGGUGGCGGCGGGGCAGCCCCCCGCAGCGGAGAGCUGGCGCUGCACGACGGGCGCCUGGGGGACUCGCCCAGCCCUCAGGUGCUGGAGUUCGCCGAGUUCAUCGACAGCCUCUUCAACCUGGACAGCAAGAGCAGCUCUUUCCAGGACCUCUACUGCAUGGUGGUGCCCGAGAGCCCCACCAGCGACUACGCCGAGGGCCCAAAGUCCCCCAGCCAGCAAGAGAUCCUGCUCCGCGCCCAGUUCGAGCCCAACCUGGUGCCCAAGCCCCCAAGGCUCUUCGCUGGCUCGGCCGACCCUUCCUCGGGCAUCUCGUUGUCGCCCUCCUUCCCACUCAGCUCCUCGGGCGAGCUCAUGGACCUGACACCCACGGGCCUCAGCAGCCAGGAGUGCCUGGCAGUGGACAAGAUCCGGACUUCCACCCCCACCGGCCAUGGGGCCAGCCCCGCCAAGCAGGAUGACCUGGUCAUCUCGGCACGCUAGCACCCCAGGAGUUGCUGCCA